AUGGGAAGAGGCGGUCUUGCCUUUUCCUUUGAACGUUUCUUCUCAUCUGAGCCCUUUCCUGUAAAGGAGAUCUGCUGGAAAGCGGGCUGGUCAGUGGAGCACUGGAUGGAGGAGCAGUGGAGAUCGGCGUCUUCAUUUCCCUUUCCCGUGUUGAAGCUCAAGGGAAAGAGUGGCCAUUCCAGCUGCUCCAGGCUCCCGCAGAGGGGGAGCGGGGUGGGUGGCACCACCAGGGGGGCCCACAGGCCUGGUAAGCACGCAUGCCGGAGCCCACCCCGACCAUGCUCCGCCGCCUGGGCGCCCAAGCUGCAGUCGCCCUCUGUGUGCACGCAGCAGCCGCCUGGCAACUCCCGAGCCCGCCCGCACUCCCAACAUCUCAGAACCGGGGCCAGAUGUCCCAGUGGCUGCGGCCAAGCCAGGCGGUCGGCCCUGGGGCUGCUGCACAGGGGCGGGAACCCGCCCUCAGCCCCAUUCCCGCUGGCUGCAGAGGGCCCCUAGCUAGCGGUCGCCGAGCGGGGGCAGGGCCUGGCAGGCUCUCAGGCCAGGUGCACUCGCGAUCCAGAGGCCGCCCAAGGCAGGCGCCCUGUGCCUGAGGGCGGGAACUGGCCCUCAGCCCCAUCCCCGGUGGCUGCGGAGGGCCCCUGCAGCGGCCCCGAUCUCACUUCUGAGGAGGAGCGGGGCGGAGGUCAGGGCCAGGCGGGCCCUCAGGCCGGGCGUGUUGCGCACCUGCGAUUCCGGGAAGUCCGGGGCGAGCCCAGGAGAACCCGCAAGCCAGCGGCGCGGCACCCGAGCUGCAGCCGCCCCCUGCCGGCCGCGCGGGCUUCGGAGCGGCUUCCGGAGUCCUGGCGGGCGCUGAGCUGCAGGCGCGCGCCUAACGGGGCUCACUCGGUCUGA